AUGGCAGACCUGGCAGGAUCUCCUUCAGAGCCGGCGAGCCCUUCAAGCAGUUCUGACUUGGUCGGUAUGCUCACCACUCUGUUCUCUUCACCCUUCUCCUCACUAUGGACGCGUAAACGAUACCCAUACAACUUUCGGCAGCGUUUCCGGCAAACCCAGUCAUUGCCGCCGGACAACAGCGCUCGAAUCUUUCUUGACAGCGGGGGAUUCAAAGCCUGGCUGGCGCAUUUCCUCAUCACGACGGGCGAAGCCCACUAUAGUGGUCGAGAGGCUCGGCAACGGCUACUCCGUGAGCUCGAGACGCUGCCGUCGGAGGAAAGGGCACGAAUUGCACAAGAGGUCUCUGCCUCCACCGUUCACCCAAGCGCUCAGGCUCAUGUUCGGGAAAUGGAGCAUCAAGCCCUGGCUCAGACUGCGGUUGCCGGAGUCGCGGGGCGACAGGAUGAGCCUUUGACCAGAGGAGAUGAGGACCACCCAGCAUCACCUUCUCUUUCAACCCCUGCGGCUAGCGAUGUCCACAGGGUCGAAUUGCACAGCGAAGAUACAACCCAUUGGCCAGUCCCCGUGGGCUUCGGCUUGUCCGAAGCACAAGGACAGGUGGUAUCUGGAGCAUCCAUCCCGGGGCUUCUGAGCGUUUUCCCAGACUAUAUCAGUGGUGCCAUCCGGAGAGAUGGUCACGGAGACCAUGUGACUGCUGCAGUGACAAUGAAUUUUCCAGGUGCGUCUUUCGGCGGUGUUCCCUGCAUCAUGACCUUGGUCGUCGAACCCAACAAGGUGGAACGUCUUGCGAUGCUUCUGUUCCGAGCUCACUUGGAAACCACCGGGGAGAGUCGAGAGCUGGUACUGGAGAGCGGGACAAGGACAAUACCUAAGCCUCAAUUGCUUCUGCAAGGGAGCCCUAGCGACGCUGUUUCCCAGGUAUUUGGCCCCGAGAUCGCUGGGGCGAUUGCGGCAACGCCUUUUCGUAAACGAGAGGUCUUUGAGGGAAUCCGGGCAACACGAUGCGUGACUAUGACGAUCCCUCAUGAAUCGAACUCGGCAGCACUCAUCACAUUGACGCUGGGCCUGGAAGAAGGGAUUCGGAUUCAAGGCAGGCUAUAUAAUAGGGAUGCCAGGCAGUGA